AUGUCACCAUUUUACAUUCCAUCUGUUAGCCUUUUACUGCUUGUUAGUUUGGCACUCACGAGCGCGCUCCCGCUACAAAGCACGGCCUUGACCAGCGAAGACCUAGACGUCUUGAAGCUUCUGCUCAGCCAACUGGAAGAAUCAGUUCCCGCUCAAACGCUGGAACCAGAAAUGGAAGAAAUGGCAGUUGAAGAAGAGAAAGUUGUACCUCAGCCUGAGAUGCUUGCAAGAGACUUUCUCUCUGCUCGGGAUCUGAAGACAGUUCGCCAGGACUCCAGUUCCAAGAAGUACUCAGGCUGUUUUGGCCGCCGGCUGGACCGGAUUGGCUCCAUGUCCACUCUGGGCUGCAACACUGUUGGACGCCACAGUAAGCCCAAAGAGGAAAUGAAGUCUUAA